GAGCUCCAGCAGAGCUCCCCGUCUUUCCUGGUCGAAAAGGAAUGUCCCGGCAGCAAAAAAAUUUCGAGGACGCCGACUCCCAUCAGACGAUAUCUACCUCAUCAACCUCCUUCCCCCCCUUAUCACCACAAAGCCGUUGUCGACAACGAGCAAUUCCAUCCUCCAUCCCCUCUCUGUUCCUUCUUCUCUCUUUUCUACUGUACUAUUUAAUACCCACAGCCUGCGAAAAUGUCCGCCUCCCUGAGAUCCGUCGCGCCGUUCUUCCGGACGGCGCGCGCCUCGCUGCGCCAGGGCAACGUUAGCCCCCUUCAGGCCGCUCUGAAGAGACAGAACGUCUCCCCCAUCCUCAACGUCUACCGCACAUACGCCGUCUACGAGCGGACAAAGCCUCACGUCAACAUUGGUACUAUUGGCCACGUCGAUCACGGAAAGACCACUCUGUCUGCCGCCAUCACCAAGAGACAGGCCGAGAAGGGCCUCGCCAACUUCCUCGAGUAUGGCGCUAUUGACAAGGCUCCCGAGGAGCGCAAGCGUGGUAUCACCAUCUCCACUGCCCACAUCGAGUACUCAACCGACAACCGCCACUACUCCCACGUCGACUGCCCCGGUCACGCCGAUUACAUCAAGAACAUGAUUACUGGUGCCGCCAACAUGGACGGUGCCAUCAUCGUCGUCGCCGCCUCCGACGGUCAGAUGCCCCAGACCCGUGAGCACUUGCUGCUCGCCCGCCAAGUCGGUGUCCAGAAGAUUGUCGUCUUCGUCAACAAGGUCGAUGCCAUUGACGACCCCGAGAUGUUGGAGCUCGUCGAGAUGGAGAUGCGUGAGCUUCUCAGCACCUACGGCUUCGAGGGUGACGAGACCCCUGUCAUCAUGGGUUCCGCCCUCAUGGCCAUGCAGAACCAGAGACCCGAGAUUGGUCAGGAGAAGAUUGACGAGCUGCUCAAGGCCGUCGACGAGUGGAUCCCCACCCCUGCCCGUGACCUCGAGAAGCCCUUCCUCAUGUCCGUUGAGGAUGUCUUCUCCAUUUCUGGCCGUGGUACCGUCGUUUCCGGCCGUGUCGAGCGUGGUCUCCUGAAGAAAGAUACCGAAAUCGAGAUUGUUGGCAAGGGUGACCAGAUCAUCAAGUCCAAGGUCACCGACAUUGAGACCUUCAAGAAGUCUUGCGAAGAGUCUCGCGCUGGUGACAACUCCGGUCUCCUCCUCCGUGGUAUCAAGCGCGAGGAUAUCAGCCGUGGUAUGGUCGUCUGCAAGCCUGGCACCGUCAAGGCCCACUCCAGCUUCCUCGUCUCCCUAUACGUCCUGUCCAAGGAUGAGGGUGGCCGCCACACCGGUUUCCACGAGAACUACAAGCCCCAGAUGUACCUCCGUACUGCCGACGAGUCCGUCACUCUCACCUUCCCCGAGGGCACCGAGGACGCCAAGAACAAGAUGGUCAUGCCCGGUGACAACGUCGAGAUGGUUGCCCAGCUGCACCACCCCUCUGCUGUUGAGGUUGGCCAGCGCUUCAACGUCCGUGAGGGUGGCCGCACCGUCGCCACUGGUCUCAUCACCCGUAUCCUGAAAUAAGGGACUCUCACUGCAAGAUUUCUCCAAACUCGGUGAAAUGGCACCCAGAACACAGCUUCCCCGACAUGAAAUGGGAACCCGGAUGGUGAAAAAAUUGGGAUUGUACAAAAAAAGGAGUUGGAUUGCUUCACGAUUUCAUGUACAACCGACCCAAAGUUUUCCGCUUUGAGCCCUCGAGCUCGUGUAUAUUGUCGGGGCUUGGGCUCAAAGAUCUCCGCUCUACUUCACCCCUUGUCUUUGAAUCAUGUACUUUUAGAAGACGACGGACAAUAGAACAAAGUGUGCUUUGU